AUGGCUGGGAGACGACAAGUACAUGAUCCUCUUGUCAAAUUAUCAAAAUCAUUGUCCUAUUUGUUGAGACAUGGUGCAGAGAAAGAAGGUUUCAAAUUUCAGCCAGGUGGCUUUCUUUAUGUUGAUGAGAUACUAAAGCACAAACAAUUUUGCUCGGCCUCUCUAGAGGAUAUCAAACAUGUUGUAGAAAGCAAUGACAAAAAACGAUUUGCUCUGGAAACUGAAGCUGCGACAGGACGGCUGAAAAUUAGGGCAAAUCAGGGCCACAGUUUAGAGGUUAGUGACCUUGACCUUAAGCCAGUUACAGAAGCCAGUGAUUACCCCGUAGUUAUCCAUGGUACUAACUAUACAGCAUACAGAUCCAUAGCUACACAGGGUCUGAAAACAAUGGGCAGAAAUCACAUUCACUUUGCAGCUGGUGAACCAGGAGAGAAUGGAGUUAUCAGUGGGAUGAGAGGAACCUGUACAGUUAUGAUUUAUCUGAAUCUGUCAAAAGCUCUUCAAGAUGGUCUUAAAUUUUUCCUGUCGGCCAAUGGUGUGAUUCUGAGUCCUGGUAACGAGGAUGGAGUAAUUCAGACCAUUUAUUUUGACAAAGUUAUUGACAGGAAAACAGGGUCAUUGAUAUAA